UUUCAAUUCAUACGCUACCACCACCGCAAAAGUGGCGCCAUGAACCGCGGAAAUCCACAUCUAGUUCCAGCCGGCAUCGUCGCGAUCAUCGGGCAUCAGCCCCCCGUGACGCGUGGCUUACUCUUUGCUUCCGCUUCUCUGAUGGUGUUGUGCACCUUGGAGAUCGUGUCACCUUUCACUCUGUACCUCAAUUGGCAGCUCAUCAUCUAUGAGCUCCAGCUCUGGAGGCUGGUGACCUGCUUCUUUUACCUGGGCACCUUCAGCUUGCCCUACUGCUGGAACACCUGGGUCUUGGUACACUAUUGCUCCUCGCUGGAAGAAGUGGCCUUUCAAAGAAAAUCGGCCGAGUACCUGUGGAUGCUGGUCUGUGGCGCAGGUAUGAUUUUGUUGCUCACCUACUUGUUUGGGAGCCAGUACUUUGUGAGUGGAGCACUGAUUGACCUCAUGACAUAUCUCUGGGGCCGGCGGAAUCCAACCGCAAGAAUGCAGGUGCUAUUUUUCACCAUUCGCGCGCCAUAUUUGCCCUGGGUUCUCUCAUGGAUAUCCCUUCUGAUGGGAGGUAACGUCCAGGACCACCUUCUUGGACUUGUGGUGGGUCAUACCUACUUCUUCUUCGAGGACGUGUAUCCGCUGAUGUCAACCUCCCAGGGCUUUCGCCUUUUCCGGACGCCAAGAAUACUGAAGAUGGUUUUGAAUGAUCCUGAUUGAGCCCCAACCGGGCGGAUCAAUCGCUGAGCGCAUUCCAAAGUGGUGCAGUUGUACAGUCAAAA